AUCCAUAUAUCCCGUCGGCAACUGUUGGCUGUCAGACAGGUAUAGUUCAUGGGCUCCCUACACGAUUGUGCCGCAGAUUUCCAGACAAGCUGUGCUCAAGAAUAUGAUAUCGUGAGUUGACACGGACAGGCUGGGCGAGCUGGACCCUGCCCAGGCUGGUUGACAGCCCUACACUAUUCUUCAGGUGCUUCUAAAACGGUCUCCUUACGUCAUCAGUGCCUGGUGGUCGUUCGUCCUCCGAAGCCCAGAACCAACAAGAGCGAGACAAGACAUUCCGAACUCUCCAACAAGCCUGAUUGUACUGCUGAGAUGUCUCUAGCUGAAAAGAGACUUGACGUUUCAAGAAGUCGGUGAGAAAGGGCAUUCCGGCUGUUCGUUUCGAGGUGAAUGGUGGACAUUUGGUGGGCCACAAUCUGCUGCAGGGGUUGAGGGGCAGGCCCCCGCUGGUGGCCUCUUGUCGGUCGUCAGUGAAAGCUUUCGGUGCUCUGGCUGUCUGGCCAAUGAAACGGCGAUGGCGCUGGGUUUCUGCAUCCUGGGGUUGUCGGGACACUUGCCUGCUUUCUUGCCGCUUCCAUCAUUGCGCCGGAAUCCAGAACUUUUUUGUUGUUCAACUGAAGCUUCUUUUUCUCUCGUCCCAUUGCUUCCUGACCACUGAACUUCAGGUCCCGUCGCGUGCCCUUCCAGACCCGGCCUUCCGGUGCCCUACCAACCGAGUUUUCCCUCUGAACAUUUCUACCCAACUGCCCGGUACGGUACCAGCUACUCCGUAGUGUAAGACACUCAGCCUCAAUUGCGCUGGAGACGCACACCACACCUCCUUGGCUACGUUCCCCCUGCAUCCACCAUUUCUGGGGGCCGACUCUUGAAACUGGCUUUACGAGUUCACGACCAGCACAGCACUUCGAAUCUUUGUUUACUCUUUGACUUUUCUUCCCGGGCGAGCCGUUGACCUCUAAUUCUACCACCCAGUCCAAGUACACGCCACCGCCGAGCGCAAUCGGUCGUCUUUCGCAAAGAUGCCCGGUUUCGCAGACUCGUUCUGGUCGAAUGACUACGCCGCAGGACUGGGUGUCCUGUUCGGCAAGCUCCAACAAGGUGUCGUCGAGAACCGCCAGCUUCUAACCAUUGCUCGAAUGCGCGCCGAGGCCGAAGAGAUCUACGGAACCAAGCUAUCCGACAUCGCCCCAACCGUCGACAAGGUCCAGGGAGGGUUCAACCGCGACGAUGGCGCCAGCGUGCGAAAGGCCUAUGAAGGUGUGCGGACCGAGAUGGAGGAAGCGGCCAAGAAUCACAAGAAGAUUGCACAGAAUAUUCGCGACCUGGUUGUGAACCCUUUUGGCCGCUGGUGCGAGGCCCACGAAUCCCGGAUACAAGAUUCGCAAGAUGAGCUGCAGUCUCGAAUCAAGGCGCACGACAAGCAGGCCGACCUUUGCAAAAAGCUCCGAAGCACCUAUUUCAACAAGUGCCGACUACUCGAAGACUUGGAGGAGGAGAAUAAGCUGGCGUUCCAAGACCCCGAAACGAGCCCCAAAACUGGCCAAGAUAUCCCUGAAAUCAAGGUCGAACCCGAGAUUGCUGAGGAGGAGGAGCCCUACGAGAUCGGCGACGAGACUUAUACCCCCGACCAAGUCAAGAAGAUCCUCGAGCACAUGCUGAAUACGAUCAAGAUGGGCGAGACCAAGGUCCCCAUUCUCGGCACAUAUCAAAACACGUCUGCGGGAACCGAUAUUGUCGAGUAUCUUCAACGGCACAUGGGAAGCUCAAGCGUGAGCUAUGCCGAGAGAAUCGGCCAGGAUUUGGUAACGCACGGCUUCCUGAGACUGGUUGGUAAUGUUGGCAACACGUUCGCCAAUAGCUCAAAGAUGCACUACCAAUGGCGGCCCAAGGCUUUCGAGAUGUCUGGUGUGCCAGAAAAGAAGUCGAUUUCAAGAGCCUUCUCCAUGCCCACCUCUGGGUCUGAUGGUUCUGACUCGCCUGUGGUUGGCACUGUUACUGAAUAUCUCGCCAAGUGGGAUGUGCUCAACACUUCCAGGCCGAACGAGACGCCAGCUGAGCGUAUGCGCCGGGAGGCCCGGGAGGCGGACGAAAAGUACAAGGCCAGCGUUCUGAAGCUGGAUGAAAUGAGGUGCGAGCUGGAGGAGGCCAUCUUCCUACAUCUCAAGUUUCUUGAGCGCUGCGAGCUGGAUAGGCUCAAGGCCAUCAAGACAGUUGUGUUGGACUUCUCAGGCACUAUCAGCAACGUUAUUCCUAGCCUCCAGGCCACCGUGGAUAACAUGAUGCUGUUCCAGGAAACAGUGCAGCCGCUUGGCGACUUGCGCUAUCUCUUGGAGAACUACCGCACCGGUAGCUUUGCUCCCAAGGUUGUAACGUACGAGAACUACUACAACAAGGUGGAUGACCAGACCUUUGGUGUGGAUCUCGAGGCCCGAGCCAGGGCUGACAGAAAGCGUGUGCCUAUUAUCGUUACAACGCUGCUUACCUACUUGGAUCAUCACUAUCCAGACCUCGAGGGCGAUGAGGCCCGGAGAGGGGUGUGGCUCCACGAGGUUCCCUUGUCUCAAACGCACAAGUUGAGAGCUUUGGUAAACAAUGGCAAGCCGCCUGCGUUGGAAACCUUUGCCGAUUUUGACAUCCCGACUGUUGCCAGCCUGUUGAAAUUAUACCUUCUUGAGCUUCCAGAUUCCUUGGUUUCUUCGCACGUAUAUGAAAUUAUUAGAACCAUCUAUACUACCCCCACCGGCAACGACAGCGAUGCCGCCCGCGUGCCCAUCCUCCAGCAGACACUGUCUCAAUUGAGGCUCACUAAUAUUGCCACACUGGAUGCCUGCAUGAACCACUUCACCCGCCUGAUCGACCUGACCUCUGCCGAUGAGGAGUACAUCGUCAAGCUCGCUACUUCCUUGGCCCCUUGCGUGCUUCGCCCUCGCACCGAAACCUCGCUCACCAUGGAGGAGAAGCAUGCCUACCGCUUGGUCCGUGACUUGUUCGCCCAUAAGGACGCCAUCUUCAACGAACUCAAGCGUCUCUCUACCAAUAACGCGUCUGGAUCCCUCCGCGCCAACCCAGGUGGCCGCCCACGAGCCAUCUCCACCGACGAAAGCAACCGCAAAGCCCACAUGGAGGAGCGCAACCGUGUGCUCCUUGAAAAGGCACAGGGCAGCAGAUCUCGUGCUACCUCUCCGGCUCCUGGCCCACGUGGUCAUGCCCGUGAUAGGUCGGUGGGCAGACCAGAGACUCGUUUCCCGAUCUCGACUGGUCUUUCCAGCCCAACACAGGCUCACAGGAAACGGCAGAGCAUGGGCCCUGUGCUCCCCAAGAGGACAAGCCUCGAGGUGCCGGACGAUGCGAGCAUGGGGCUUAGCCACCCCGCUGAUGGUAACUUUUUAGGGGGUGCCCUCCCAAUUGUGCCUCAGGUGCAGCAGGUAGCGCAGCAGGAUAGCGAGGCCGUGUUGGAGAAGAGGAACAGCCUCGGGAGAAGCGGUGCCCGGUUCUCCUCGGGGAGGAGGGUAACGCCUGCUUCGAACAGGACCGAGACGCCACCUCCGAGCAACAAUGAGAAUAUUAACAAGAGAGAGAGCAGUGGAAGUAAUGGGGCGCAGAGGGGCGUUGCGUUGGUGGAUGCGCCAAUGGAUUAUUAGCAAUGUUCCAGCUCAGCGUGCAAUAAUAACCACAUUUGUGUACUCUAGUUUUUAUUGCUAGAUUUUGGUUUGCGGGUGGUGUUGCCGUCUUUUUCUUUUGUGUUGACUGGAUUGUGCUUUUCUGGAGGUUUUAGAGCAGGUGCUGGAGGCUAGCUGGCUACGGUAUGUUUGGAAUGGCUUAUGACGGCGACGGAAAUGUUUUGUUGUUUGAUAUCAUUAUUGGGGGGUUUGGCUGCUAAAAAGAGACGAUUCCAAAUGACCUUUUUUUUUUAUGUGGGUUUUUAUUUUCAUCAUCACCAUUGUUGAUUCACCAUACCAUCCAUGACUUGUAUCCCCAAUCACCUAAACCUCAUAAUCUUUUUCCCUCGCACCCCCUUAAUCCUGCAACAUCCUCCACUUUGUCAUCCGUCCCCUCAAAUCCAGCACCUCCUCCCCACCAACAAAAAAACUCCCAUCGCCCCUAUGAUGCAUCAUCUUCCCCUUGUCCGUCUCGACCGCUGUCCCAUCCAGCCUAAAGUUCUGCUCAUUCACCCACCCUUUGACAACCCUCAAAACCCAAAAGUUGUAUUUCUUCACUAGCGACUCGUCCUCCACUUUGCACUCUAGAUUCCCGAUUAUGCCGUCACCUCCGACGAGCGCGCAGGAAACCUUUUCUCCUUGGAUGGGGUCUAGUUUGAAACGGUCCCAUUUUGUUUCGGAGGGGGGGAGGUCGGAAGAGGAGAUGUUGCCGAUGUCGACGACGGUUUUGGCGAGGGUGAGGUUUGGGAUGGAGAGGACGCAUUCUUUUGACGAGGAGAGGAGGGAGUAGGAAUGGUCCCAGGGGCCGAGGGUUAGGCCUAUGAGGGUGGGGGAGGAGUGGGAGAUCAUGGUGUGGAAGCCUAGGGUCAUUAGGUUGUGGGUUUGGGUUUGGGGGUUGCCGGUUGAGACGAGGAGGAUGGGGCCGGGUUCGAGGAGGCGGUUGGUUUUUGAGGGGGGGAGGGGGGUGAAGAGGGAGGAGGCUUUUGGGAGGGGGGACAUGGCGGGGUGAGAUGAUGGAGGUGAUGAGGGGGUGGUUGUUUUGGUUCGUUUGGACUGGCGAGUGGUGGUUGGUUUGGUAGUGGUGGUGGUGGUGGUGGUUUUGCGUUUUGGCAUGGUGAGAGGGGAUGCUAGAGUUGAAUAUGUGUGGAAGGAGGAGGAGUGUAUAUGAAGUCGAAGUGAAAGGCGAUUGUGAAGUCGUUGGUGGUGAGGCUUGUCGGCGAUAGGGGAUAGGGGGUGAGAUGAGAGGUAUGACGUCACUCUUGGUUGGUGAAAGAGAGUGCGGCAAGGGAUGCGAAGGUUUGCUCUUGCUGGCAUUGUUAUGGUUAGAUUAGAUAUGAGUCAAUUGAAUUGAAAGAGGAAUGGAAACAAGGGGAAAGGAUGUACAGAAUCCAGCAAUCCGUACUCCGGCUUCACUGCCUUGGUUUUUUUCCCUAUCCAUACCUGUAUAAAAUUAUUGGCUCCCAUCAUGACAACUUCUUGGUCCAUUCUCAACGCGGCAAAGAAAAUUCACUCCGGAAAGCCUUGUCUUAAAGGUUCAAAAACCCUCAACCCAAAAGCCAGGCAUUACCGUACCAAGUAUCUCAUAGACCAAGACUUCAUUGUCUACAGGCUCUUUGCCCGCAUAAAGCCUGUGGGUUACUUCUUUUGAUUGAAGCUCAUGGAGAGAAGAACUGACUUUGUCCAGCCAGACGCGCACACCAGUCACAUGCCCACCAUUGUUGCCAAACAAGAAGGCUCGCAUUCAUCUCCACAUCAAUAUCGCCCCAGAGUAUUGAUGAUGCACAAGAUGUUCGGAACUAAAGAGCCGAGACAGCCUUGAGGUCAUCUAUCUGGUGUGGUGUUGUCUCAGCGGGUCAAGAACCACUUCACAUGAAGACCCCCGAAGUAUAACACCAUCGAUGUUGUCCAACAUCAGAACUUUGACUCUGGGCAUCAUAAUCCCGGAUGUACCCGAAUAUUGACGAG